AUGGCUCCAUUGUCUUACACCGACACACUAUUAGCAAUCGUCGGCGCCAGUGUAGCCGUGCAUCUUACUUACAAGAAGUUUGAAUCAUACGAGCCCAUUGUUGCCUUUGGUUUACUUGUCCUAGUCCCAUCUGCACUUUCGGCUCUUUACCUACCGCACGCAGUCAGCUUGGCAUGGGCGGCGCUUACCGUGUUUCCCCUCUUUUGGACCUCCCUGCUUACAUCUAUACUCAUCUACCGUCUCUCUCCUUGGCACCCACUGGCUCAAUAUCCCGGACCACUGCUGUGCAAAGUGUCCAAAUUCUACCUCGCGUUCCGUUCACUCAAUGGAAAGCAGUAUAUCUAUUAUGAUCAACUACACGAGAAAUAUGGCAAUGUCGUCAGAAUUGGUCCCAAUGAGCUUUCGAUAUGCGAUGCAAACGCUAUACAACCCCUCUUAGGCAACACUGGCUUGCCUAAAGGCCAAUUUUGGGAUGGGAGGAUUCCCGAAUCGGAGGUCGUGAAACCCUUGAUUGCCAUUCGCGACAAGACAGAGCACACCCGUAGAAGGCGUCCAUGGACCAGGGCUUUCAGCACUAAUGCCUUGAAAGGAUAUGAAGAAUUGGUCGUUAAAAGGUCAACACAGCUCGUAGACUCCCUAGCCGCCGAGAAAGGCGUCACGAACCUCGCCAAAUGGAUUUCUUUCUUCACAUAUGAUAUUAUGAGCGACCUCGCUUUUGGAGGAGGAUCAGAAAUGAUGGCGCAAGGUGAUGUUACUGGACUUUGGCACUUGUUGGAAGGAGGUCAAAAGAAUGCAGUAUUUAUGAGCCACGUUCCAUGGCUAGGCCGGCUCUUUUUCCGAUACCCUAAAUUUGCAGCGGAACUCAAGGCCUUCCGUGCGCACGCUCGGUCUCGAGCUGUGGUAAGAAAAAAUGAGGGGUCUGCAUACAAGGAUAUUUUCCACCACUUGAUGGACGAAGAUGGCGUUGCUUCCGAGCGCCCCACCGCUGUUGAGGUGACCAGCGAUGGCGGUCUUGCCAUCAUUGCUGGAUCUGACACGACAUCAAGCGCCAUGACGCAUUUGUUUUUCUUCCUGAUGUGCAAUCCGACGGCAUACAAACGCUUGCAGGCUGAAGUCGAUCAGCUCGGUAAUGAUGUCCUAGAUACCACAAAACAUGCACAUAUGCCUUACCUAAACGCCGCAAUCAAUGAAGCCAUGCGAUUACUUCCUCCAAUUUUGGGAGGAUCACAACGCACACCUGAUAAAGGUAGUGGUGGCAGAAUGCUUGGCUCAUAUUUCCUGGCUGAAGGCAACAGCGCGUUUAUUCCCACUUACAGCCUACACCGGGAUCCUCGAAACUUUUCUCCUGCCACCGACGCUUUCUACCCUGAGCGAUGGUUCUCGGAAGAAAAGAGGAUCAAUCUUGAACCAAAAGUUUUCGGAAAUCCGUCAGAGUUUAUCCAUAACUCAGCGGCUUUCAUUCCCUUCUCACUGGGUCCCACCAAUUGUGCGGGUAAAAAUCUGGCAUACAUGGAGAUGCGUAUGGUAAUUUGCAUGAUUAUGCAACAACUAGACUUGAGGUUUCAAGACGGUUACGACCCAAGUAACUGGCAAGUUGACAUGCUGGACUACUUUGUUACGCUUAAAGGUGUGCUCCCCGUGAUUGUCACCCCUCGUAAAGGGUCUAGAUACUAG